AUGACUUGCGACAUCAAUCACUUGAUAAUUGUACCAUGUCAUGGAAUCUACAAGCUUGGCGAGCCUCCAACAAAACAAGCUUCAUGGUAUUUAGCUUCGUUUCAGCUUGAUGGAAACGAUCAUCUCUGUUUCCUAGAUCACAUUGAACAAGCCGUGGAACAACUUCAAAGCGACGCCAAUUCAUACUUGAUCGUAUCAGGAGGAGAAACCAAAAGGGAAGCAGGCCCCAUCUCCGAAGCACUCUCAUACUAUACACUAGCAGCCGCGCAGAUUGCUAAAAAGAAACAAAUCGACGUAACUGAUAGAAUAACAACUGAAAACUAUGCUCGUGAUUCAUUCGAAAAUGUCAUUUUCCUGAUUUGUCGAUUUUAUGAAGUUUGGCAAAAAUAUCCAACGUAUAUAACCAUCAUCGGAUUCGAAUUCAAACGGGAUAGGUUUCUAGAUCUUCACUUGUCGCAAGCGUUGGGUUUCCCUAGUGACCGGGUAAACUAUAUUGGCAAUAGUCCAAAUCCCAAUUUCACUACUAAAGAAGAGACAGAGCGGUAUUUCGAAGACUUGCGGUCUAGUGAAUACGCAAACGCAGUGCGAGAAUUUAAGGCAGACUGGUACGGUGUUCAAUCGAAAUUGAGUAGCAAACGAAGGAAACGGAAUCCGUUCUCGAGGCAGGCUGGUUACGCUUUGAGCAACCCUCCCCUAGCAGACUUUUUAGUGCAGUUAAUGGUUGAUCCAAAUACAAGGACCAAUGAGGAAAUCAAGGAACUACUAAAAGAUGCCCCAUGGCGAUGA